CAGUUUUGAAUUGAACACAACGCGAAACGCUUGAACUUCAAGUCAUUUUGAGUGUCAUCUGAUAACUCUCAUUAUCAACAAUUUCUACGCGCAUUCCUUCUUUACUUGCAAAGGAUAUAAGAAAAAAAAGAUGUCUCUUUUACCAUACUUGUUUGACGACUUUCCGGUCACUCGUCCACGCCGUCUCAUGGACCAGCACUUUGGUUUGGGAAUAACACCUGAUGACCUGCUGACAAUUGCCGCUGGACCGUUGCUUAAUAGGGAAUACUAUCGGCCAUGGCGUCACCUGGCUGCUGCAACACGAGACAUCGGUUCCAAUAUCAAAGCCGACGCUGACAAGAUCCAGAUUAACUUGGAUGUCCAGCACUUCGCGCCAGAGGAGAUCUCUGUAAAGACCGUUGAUGGAUUCAUCGUGGUGGAAGGAAAGCAUGAAGAGAAGCAAGACCAGCACGGUUAUGUAUCUCGUCAGUUUGUGAGGAGAUAUGCUCUUCCAGAAGGCACAUUACCAGAGACCGUGGAAUCUAGGCUGUCUUCAGAUGGUGUGCUGACGAUAACAGCCCCGAAGAAGGUUCCAGAAGCAAUCAAGGGAGAGCGGAAGGUUCCCAUCGCGCAAACUGGACCAGUCAGAAAGGAGAUCAAGGAUCAGAGCGAAGGAACCAAUGAGAAGCCUCAGUGAAAUGUUAACUAAAAGUAUUCCAAAGAUAGGCAGUGCCAUAAGACUGAUUUUUGUUUUAUAAUUUUCAUUUGAAUUGAUUUUUUUCAAUAAAAACCUUUUUUUAAUUUUAUUUUUU